CAUACUGUAGAUGGCAACGACGGUACUUUGCAUCGCAGAAAGUUUACACCGUAGUCGAACAUUCUCGUGCGUCCAGCAAUUUUAUUGACAAUUUAACUUCAAAAUGGCUUCAUUAGCUCCUGUCAAUAUAUUUAGCCGUGGGGCUGAAGAAGAAAAAGCUGAGACUGCAAGAUUGUCAUCAUUUGUUGGUGCCAUUGCAAUUGGAGAUUUAGUGAAGAGUACUCUUGGACCAAAAGGAAUGGAUAAGAUAUUACAAAGUAUGGGUAGAAGUGACAGGAUUCAGGUAACCAAUGAUGGAGCCACCAUUCUGCGAUCUAUUGGAGUAGAUAACCCAGCUGCUAAAGUUCUUGUUGAUAUAUCAAAAACACAAGAUGAUGAAGUAGGAGAUGGAACAACAUCAGUUGUCGUACUUGCUAGUGAACUUCUAAGGGAGGCAGAAACUCUGGUAUCAAAGAGAAUUCACCCACAGACAAUUAUAUCGGGCUGGAGAAUGGCAACAGAUGAGGCCAGGAAAGCUCUGAAAAAUUUUGCAAAGGACCAUGGAAACGAUGCCACCAAGUUCCGUCAAGAUCUGAUCAACAUUGCACGUACCACCAUUAGCUCUAAGAUUCUCACACAGUACAAGGAAAUGUUUGCAGAAUUAGCUGUAAAAGCUGUAUUAAGAUUAAAGGGAAGUGGAAAUCUGGAUGCCAUCCAAAUUAUAAAGAAACUAGGAGGUGGUUUACAGGACUCCUACUUGGAUGAAGGAUUUUUGCUGGAUAAGAAAAUUGGUGUCAAUCAACCUAAAAGAAUAGAAAACGCCAAGAUUCUCGUUGCAAACACACCAAUGGACACAGAUAAAAUCAAGGUUUUUGGAUCUAAAGUGAAAGUAGAUGCUAUCUCAAAGGUUGCUGAUUUAGAACUUGCAGAGAAAGAAAAGAUGAAAGACAAAGUUGCUAAAAUACUCAAACAUGGUUGUAACGUUUUCAUCAACAGGUGUAUUUACCUUCUAUUGUAUUUAAUGUAUUAUUUUCUUAAAGGCGGAGAAAUCUAUUCAACAUUCGACAACCCCGAGUCAUGUAAACUAGGACACUGUGAUGUCAUUGAGGAAAUUAUUAUCGGAGAAGAUAGGCUUAUCAAAUUCUCAGGUGUUAAGAUGGGUGAGGCUUGUACAGUUAUUCUCCGAGGAGCCACACAACAGAUUUUGGAUGAGGCUGAACGUUCCCUCCAUGAUGCCCUCUGUGUACUCACACAAACUGUAAAGGAGACCAAGACUGUCUAUGGAGGAGGAAGUUCAGAGAUGUUGAUGUCCGAUGCUGUCUCAAAAUUAGCAGCAAAGACACCUGGAAAGGAGGCUGUUGCUAUGGAAGCAUAUGCUAAAGCUCUAAGAAUGAUUCCAGCAACAAUUGCUGACAAUGGUGGUUAUGACAGUGCCCAGUUAGUAUCUGAACUGAGAGCUAUACAUACAGAAGGCAAACAUACAUUUGGUAUCAAUAUGGAUGAGGGAGAAGUGGGUGACAUGGAGAAAUUAGGCAUUACAGAAUCUUUCCAAGUAAAACGUCAAGUGUUACUGAGUGCCUCAGAAGCUGCAGAGAUGAUUCUCCGUGUUGACGACAUCGUGAAAGCGGCGCCUCGACAGAGAAAUCCAGAUAUGAGAGAUCAUUGAUAGACUAUUAAAUUAUAUAAGUUCUGCUCUAUUAAUUGUCUGCGUGUAACAUUAACAUAUUCCACCCUGGUUUAUUAGUCAGAAUUUCUGACAAUGAAGAAGGAAGUUACGGCUUAUGUACUAUUUGUGUUAAAUUAUUGUAAAAAUGCACUGAACAAAUUUGCUUUUGGAAAGUUAAAGUGCUAUGAUAGAAGGAUUAAAGCAAAUAGAAAACUUAUAACAAGGAAAUUAUUAGGAUUUAUCUCAAAAAUUACAAUUAUCCUUUAGGACAUUAACGUCUUUAUAUGUUAAAACUGUGAUGUGUUCAACUAAAACAUUAUGGUUCCAUUUUGCAUCAUGUACCUUUAAUUUUGAUCAAUAUUUAUUUCAUUAGAAUUUUUUCUACAUGUGCUCAUUUUUAAUAAAAUGAUAAAAACAAG